AAAAAUUGCAGCAAAAUUCAAGGUCGCCAUUGGCGCUGUCGCUUUUAUUCACCAAUCGACCGGGCAUCAAAGUACAAGAUGGGGGGUCACCGCUCCACCUCGUGAGAUGAGGUCCCAGGACCCUCCUCCUCCAGCGUCGCCCCUUCCAAGAAUCCGAGGCUGCAAAGAAAAGCUCUGUCUUGAAGGCAUCUGUUGUCAAAGUGACUUUGUAUAUAAUCUGAGGCUUGUUGAAACUUUUCGGUUUAGUUCCUAAGUUAUAAAUGCCUUCCACGACUAUGUCUGCAAUCCAGAAGCUUUAUGAGGCCUGCAAUGUAUCAUUAUCUGAAAAUGGGUCACUAUCUGCCGAAGCUGUUGAUAAUAUCCGUGCUGUAUUAGACAUGAUCACGCCUUCUGAUGUUGGACUUGAGUGUGAAGCUCAAGCUGUACGCAUUUGGAGGAGUCCACGAGCCCUGAAUAGGAAAACAGUUUUUCAUUCAAGCCCCGCGAUCAGAUAUCGUCAUAUAUAUGAGUGCAAAAGCUUCUCAAUUGGAAUAUUUUGCAUUCCAGCAUCAUCCGUCAUUCCACUCCACAACCAUCCUGGCAUGACUGUCCUCAGCAAACUUGUAUAUGGCACAGCGCAUGUCAAAUCAUAUGAUUGGAUUGAUACAACUGAACCACUUAACUUAUCAAAAGUGAGACCUGCCAAGGUUGUAAGAGACGGUAAAAUGUCUGCACCUUGUGGGGCGAUGGUACUUCAUCCUGCAGAAGGCGGGAACAUACACGCUUUCAAAGCCAUCACUCCCUGUGCUAUCCUGGACAUAUUAACACCUCCAUACUCUUCAGAAGAUGGGAGGCACUGCUCUUACUUCCGGAGAUGCCCAAAAUCAGACCCGUCGGGCAUUUUAUUGAACCGAACGAAGGGAUCUGAAUUCAUUUGGCUGGAAGAAUACCAGCCCCCUGACAGCUUUGUCAUUAGGAGGGACCUGUACACAGGACCGGGUUUAAAGUUAUGAGCAUGCAUUGAGAUCAUGCUCAGCAUAAUAAUUAUGCUUGCUUUAGUGUCUUAAGUUAACAAGAAGCACAUAGCUAUGCAAAGAGUUUCAUUUCCCUAUUUUGCUCUUCACCUUUUAUUUAUAGGUAGUUAAUUAUUCUGUGUGAUCUAGUGCAUGUAUUUUAAGAUAAUGUUAUUGUAAAUUUCAUGUGUAACUCAGUGACAGAAUAUUUAUAUAAUUAUAUGAAGUGGAAGGUGUUUUUGAGCCUUCCUUUGGAUUCA